GAGUUGUUGCUAACUGCACACGGAGAGAAGCUGAGGAAACAACGCUUCGAGACUAAUUUGCUUGUGGCAUGCAGGUGUUUGCUGAUCCUCUGGAUUAUGCAUUGUAUUCACAUCUAUCGGUUUUGUCGUGUAUAAAGAACACAAACUUAGGAUCUGUCAGCUGGACAAAAUUAGGCUGGUUGGAUUUUUACCUGGUGCCUCAGUGCUCAGUGGUUCUCUCGGGCAUUUUAGAUUGCACCCCUGACCUUCCAUUGAGGGCGCAAGGAGGUGAAACACACAGCACUCCGAAACCCUUCCACGGUUGUCAGACUUGAAUCCAGUCUAAUACAUUGGGGGCGUGGCAAAGAGACAAUGUAGUCGACUGGUAUGGUCACAGCUAGCGCGCCACUGUGUGGGAUUCACGUCAGGUACUGCUUCUCUGAUUGUUGCAGACUUUUAAGGAAAUGACGAGUCACCUAGCGUAUUGGUAUGAUUCACAUGAGUGCUCCCCUGGCUCAUGCAAUGUUCUAACCAUGCUCUGACGUGGGGGUCUGGUGCUGUGGAAACCAACACGGAAGUUAUUAUUGGUUGGACGCAUUAACGCCACGAGGUUGAGAAUAGUUUCGCAUGAGCCUCGCUGCGUACACAUUCCAAAGGGCACUCGAGCUGCAAUUCAGUUUUGAGGGACCGCGCUUGUGCAUGUUGUGAGCGAUAAGGUGACUUCCCCCCUGGAUCGAGUAACACAUUUUGUAAUCCGACCACAAUGGAUCGUUUGGCCAAGACGUACAUCGUGUUUGGAAUCAGUCUCAUGCUGGCAGAAGUCGUUGCACAAGAUCGAACCUACAUUGCGACUUUCAGUAUGGCAGGGGCGUCAGGUAACGUGACAUUCGCGCAAGGUCCAGGUGCCAACACGACCAUCUAUCUCGCCAUGUCUCUACCUGCCGGCACGUACAACUGGACUGUCCACGAGCGACCUAAUUUAUACGACCAACGACCGCCUUGCAAUGAGAUUUUCACUGGGGGCGUCUUGGCAAGUGGCGGCGACCUCACAGCUGCCCACGGCCAGCUAACGGGCGGGACGAACGUGAUGGCAGAGUUCGGUAACGACCAGCUGAGGCUGAUGGGUACAAAUAGUCUUUCCGGUCGAUCCCUGGUCUUAGAGGACACUUCGUCUGGUGCCGUCAUCUGCGCAAACAUCCUCGACUUUGACACUGACGUGGUGACAGCGGUGGCAAAAUUUAUGUCGCCGUUUGCUGGGACAGUAACGUUCCGUCAACGACAAGACGAUCCAUCUGCACUUACUAGUAUUCUAGUGGAUCUGUAUGAUGUGUUGGGACCUUUAGAAGCGGUCUCAUACCGUUGGGGAAUUCACUCUGUCGAAGAGUACAAUAAAAACAUGGACCUUGAACAGCGAUGCAGUAACACCAUGCCGGCCAUUUUCAACCCGACUGGUGCCGAUGCGUCUUCCUGUCAAUCCGAUGAACACAGCACAUGUCCCAUUGGAGGACUUUCGGGUAAGUUCGGAGAUGUGACGGUGAAUCCGGUGUCUUCGAGUAGAACGCGGUAUUACAUCGACACUAAUCUACCUUUGGGACAGGACGGCAAUUCGGUGCUGGGGAAAAACUUGGUGUUCGCAGAUAGCAGUGGAACCUUCAUUGCCUGCUCACCCAUUCAGGUUUUGCCGUCCAAAACCGUAAGUGCCGAAAUCAGCGUGUCGGGGGUGAAUGGGAGCUUGGAGUUCCGGCAGCGUUCCCCUUACGACGCCACUCACAUCUCGGUCAAUCUAGCCAACCUCCAGGGAUUGGCCGGAGGCUACCAUGUCCACGAACAGCCAGUGAAGGGACGGAUCAACAAGGAUGACCUACCAGCGAGCAAUGACAACGUCGGAGGGCACUACAACCCCUUCGGUGUGGACGCCGGAGGGUCACCCAGUCCGGGAACGGGCACCCACGACCAAUAUGAGGUAGGAGAUAUCAGCGGGAAAUUUGGAAGAUUAACUAGUAUGGACGCCUUCUCAGAUCAGUUCGUCGACUGGAAUAUGCAGCUUUUUGGAAAGUACAGUGUAAUCGGACGUUCUAUCGUUAUCCACAAAGAAGAGGCAAACGCACGCUGGGUCUAUGGCAAUAUAGGCUACCCGACCGAAGUCACAACAGUCAAGGGGGAUUUCAGCUCUGUCGUGGCGGGUGAGAUUGUUUUUCGUCAGGACGCCGCCGAUCCUUUUUCAGAUACGACCAUCUUCGUAGAAGUCACACACGCUGACGGCUCAGACACAACGAGCAACCAUAAUUUCCACGUUCACGACAAACCGAUCGAGAAUGACUACGUCUCCGCAACUGACCGAUGUGCCAGCGCGGCGGCACAUUUCAAUCCGUUCGUCGACGUUGACAACGGCUACGACCAGUGCAACUUUACUAACCCAUACCGCUGUGAAGUGGGUGAUCUCUCGCAGAAACUAGCAACGAUUGACAUUCCGAGUGUAUCCAGCGGCAGCAAUAAAUAUUUUUUUACGGAUCCCCUCCUUCCCCUAACCGGAUACUAUUCCAUCUCAGGCAAAUCUGUAGUCAUCCAUACGUCUGAGAGAGGUGCUCCGAGAUAUGCUUGCGCCAAUCUCUACUGUCUCCCGACUGUUUCUGUACAAACACGCGAGUGGGUAGGCGGUCCAGUAAUUAGUGGCUCAGUUGCGCUCUCGCAGGCUUCCAGGUUCGAUCAGGCUAAGAUCAGCAUCGAGCUGUCGGGACUUGAUCAGCGGGCCGGCGGAUGGCACAUCCACGUGCUUCCGAUAGAUCCCAACAACCCCGACGGGCCGUGCAGUGCUGCAUCUGUUCAGGCUCAUUUCAACCCAUUUGGCGUCGUGGGAUCUCCUGCAACUGGCACCCACGAUAUGUACGAGGUUGGGGAUUUGAGUGGUAAGUUUAAUUCCCUCGCUGGUGUCGGAAGCAUCUCAGAUGUAUACAUGGAUACCAAUCUGGAUCUGACGGGGCCAAGGAGUGCAGCUGACCGAUCCAUUGUCAUACACAGGGACGACUCGGAAGGCUCCCGAAUGGUCUGUUCUAAUGUUUAUCACUCCCUGACCAAUGAGGAUUUCCACCUCGUGGCCCAUGCUACAUUCCAGGGAGGCGUCGUAACUUUAAAACAAAUUCAGUUUGCGUGCGGUUACCAAGGCGACACGAGCUUGGAAGUGGACUUAACCGCGGUAGAGGAAAACGUUGAGCAUAGAUUGGAGAUUCCCCAAAGAGUAUGCGCCGACGAUGGCAUCUACAACCCGUACGAGAUUUCCGUUGCUGUGGACCAGUGUUCAAUAAGUCGCAUGAGACUAUGUGCUGUGGGAGAUCUCGCGUCGAAGCACGGCACGGUGAACGGCACCCAACGAACUCUGUUUACCGACAUCAACCUGCCGCUCUUCGGAUUACAUUCGGUGAUUGGCCGUCUUCUCAAGAUCACGGCAGCAGGUGGAGAUGGGUUCUGCUCUAUGAUAACACCCGAUGCAUCCUCUGGAAAGAAGGUUACCCAUGUGUUCCCAUCAACUACGACAUUUAACGCGUAUGAUUUCCGGGUGACUGUUGCCCUUGCAAUUGCUGAAGGCCGUCAGUGGCAGGUCGCGACGUCGGAGGAGCCUGUCCAAUCAACAGAGUUCCCUGGUUGUACCUCAUUGAGCUUUUGGGUUAUAGGUCCAAAUGCUGACGAUUUGGUUACUGCGUUUUCAAAGGCCAUCAAAGAAGGCAGUCUGGGUUCAUAUAAUCCCACUGAUCUGUGCUCAGCAGGAUCCGGCGGCAGCGGUCAUGCCGCACCCUCGGGUCUCAUGGUCCUCCUGUCAACCAUUCUCGGGAUCCUCGUCACAGCCCUUCCACAACGCGAGGUUUGAUCGGCUAUUUCCUGAAUGGAAAGCCAUUCUAUCUUUCAUCAGUGCCGUUGGCAAAAGUCUUGUUCAUACAUGUUUUUAACCUUAAUUUCCCCAUUGUUAUAUAACCUUGCAGACUAUGGGAUGGAUGCUUGUAUAUCCAGAUAUGAAACAGUUAUUACUGUUGUUUUCAAAGAAUCUUUUUAGUUUGGCGCUACCAUGAAUAGAAACCAUGUUACAAUUUUAUGUUAAUUUUAUUAUAACACCAACGAUAACACUGCGCUUUAAGUGAAGGGAAUGUUAAUCAAAUUUUCAGAAAAAAAAUUAGGAAACUUUAUCAAAAUUUACGUUGGAUUUCGUUUUUAAUGCUAUGUUUGCUGUAUGUAUAAACCUCUUGUUACCUGGCAACCCACUUUAAGAGUUUCCCCACAGAUUUAAUUAUUGUCUUAAUGAACCAUACAGUUUAACGUUGGACCAAAUAUAUCUGGGAAACUUUUGGUUUCAACUUGAAUUGGUUUAUUGGAUGCCAUUAAAUUUUAAACAUUUUAAUGGUGAAGAACAAAAGCACAGCUUGCUGAUCUGCACAUUUUUUUCUUAAGCAUGAGCAAACUUUUAUUAAAUAUUGCAGCGUGUAAAUCAACUUUGGAAAGAUAUCUUAAAUUGUUCAUUUUUAUGUCCAGCUUUUGAAUGUUAUCUAAGACUUAUUUGUAUAUUUUGAAAUCUUCAAAUUUAUAAAAAAAUAUGGCAAUAACGAAAAACUUGUUUUAUAUUAACAAAAUGGAAAGCUGUAUGAAACAGAAUAUUUUAAAGGAAAAUUAUAAGAAUACAUGCGUUAACUACACUACAGAUUUGUUUCCUUUUACACUUUUAAAAGGUAGUUUUUGUGUUGUAGAUGGUUAAAUUUGUUGGUGUAUAGGCCAAUUUCAAUAAAGGAUUUUCAUACAUUUCACAAUA